UGUUGGUUGCUGCUGUAAACAGCUUUCCAAAAUGUUUAAUCCAGUGUGUCAGUCUCGUUCCUGGGUAUAACCCGACAACGGUGCUUUAAGUGCCACCGGUUUGCUGCAAUAUUUAAAGUUUAGCCAUACUGCUAAUCACUCUGCAAAGGUUAGAUUGAGAAACGUGAGAAUUUGCGGAGCGAUAUCGAAUUUGAACAAUAAAUGCUUUGUCUUGGUGAUAAUGGAGCGUCCAUAGCAACCACAUUUACGAAGCCAUAAAAUACAGUUUAACCAUUAAUGACAUAAUCAAAUAUAAUUCAACAUGAAUACAAAUUAUAGGUGUGAUGGAUAGAUUCAAAUUAAACGAAACGAGUUAUAAAAAUUGAUAAAUUCAAGCACUAUCUUGUGAGCGGAUGUGUACAGUGAAUAGUUGACAGGUGCUUGUUGAUUACUUUUUUCUGGAAUACAGUCGAAAGAACGCGCAGAUCAGUUUAGGAAAGUUGCUUCUGAAAGAGAGAAAAUAAAUAUAGGUUUACUCUAAUUCGAAAAUAUUAUAAAAAGUAAAACAUGACUUUAGUUAAUGAACAAAAAGGAUCGCUUUUACUACGGUCAGAUCACAUGGAUUACAGCAGACCUACUCUGGUUUCAAACUGGCACAAGAACCGAGAAGCCGAACCGAAAGACUACGAUGUCACAGCACAUCCUACAGGAGAGAAAGAUUUACACCAGUCUACUUACAAACAUUUUGCAAAUGCUUUAGAUUAUAGCUGGGAUACCACAACUAAGGACCUACAGUCUCAAUUCCAUUUAAAGAAAUAUUACAAAGUUAAAGAGACCCCCAAACCAAUGCUAAAUGCAGACAACUUUCAUAUGGCAAACUUCAACAGGGAAACAUGCUGGCCUAAAACUGGUUUUGAAGCAGUAUUACCAAGUCAUCACCCAGAUCACUGCAAGAUAGAUAUGACCACAACAUAUUCCAUCGAAUACCAAUCACCAUACUAUUGCAGGACACCACCUCCUGAGCCACCUGACUACUCUCGUGCUUACAAGAGAUGCCACUCCCAGUUCACAGACACAGCCGACUGUCGUAGAAAUGGCAGAAACACUUGGCAGGAUGAGAGCGGAGUUUACGCCAACAGAGGCAUAAAGAGCAAAGUCUUCCAGCCCAGAAGUCCAAUAACGCCACAUGAGUAAUUAUCUCAUUAAAAGAUGUACCUCUGUUUCUACUGUUGUUACAUUUAUUAAAAGUGUAAUUCUAAAAAUAAUUAACUUGUG